GGACGUGAGAUCCUGGGGGUCUGGGAAGUAGUCAUUUGGCCUAAAAAUAAUUGAAUGGUGUACGAUGGAUCGCCAUUGGAACUGAGAGAGAGAGCACAUAGUUGAAGCUCACAAACUUCAUCACCUGCAUAAAUUCUUUUGUUGGUAAGUUUACAAUGAUUAAGACUCAUGAUAAUCAGUUUGCAGGAACCCGAUCCAAGAAUCAACGUCUGUUAAGUCCAGUUUUCACCACCAGUUACGGCGCUGUGGAGGCCGAAGAGAGGGAGGAGCUAAAGUACGGCGGCGGCGGAGCAGGAGAUUGUGGCAUAGUGUUGGUGAAUCCUAAGCCACACAAGGGUCUGGCUUCUAAAGCCAUUGACUUUUUGGAAACUAUGAUCGUUAAGUUCAUGUACAAUGAUUCCUCCUUGCCUCUACACUAUCUCUCCGGUAAUUUUGCUCCGGUUCCGUUCGAAACUCCUCCCACCGGGAACCUCCACGUGAUCGGCCAUCUACCAGAAUGCUUGAAUGGAGAGUUCAUCAGGGUCGGUCCGAACUCUAAGUUUGCUCCAGUGGCUGGAUAUCACUGGUUCGAUGGAGACGGCAUGGUUCAUGGUGUGCGCAUCAAGGACGGAACGGCGACGUAUGUUUCCUGUUUUGUGAAGACAUCACGUCUUAAGCAGGAAGAGUUUUUUGGGGGACCCAAAUUUUCAAAGUUUGGAGAUCUCAAGGGGCUGUUCGGAUUAUUCACAAUUUUCAUUAAAACGCUAAGAGAAAAGUUCAAUGUAUUGGACAUGUCAUAUGGAUUUGGAGCAGGUAGGCUGUGUCAAAUUGUAUCAAUUACGAUUCUACAAGGAAUGAAAAUUCUACUGUCUGUCUGUCACACUCUUCCAGGUAAUACAGCUCUUGUAUAUCACCGCGGAAAACUUCUAGCUCUAUCAGAGCUGGACAAACCUUAUGUCCUUAAUGUUUUGGAAGAUGGAGACCUGCAAACACUUGGCAUGCUGGAUUAUGAUAAAAGAUUGAAACAUCCCUUCACUGCUCAUCCGAAAAUUGACCCAGUCACUGGUGAAAUGUUUACUUUUGGUUACUCGCAAACUCCCCCAUAUGUCACCUACAGAGUUAUUUCCAAAGACGGUUUCAUGCAUGACCCAGUAGCUAUAACACUAUCUGAAUGUGUCAUGAUGCAUGACUUUGCUAUCACUGAGAAUUAUGCAAUUUUCAUGGAUCUGCCUAUGCAUUUCAGGCCACAAGACAUGGUGAAGGAAAACAAGCUGAUACUAACAUUUGAUCCAACAGUUAAAGCUCGUUUUGGUGUACUUCCACGGUAUGCCAAAGAUGAGGUUCAAAUCAGAUGGUUUGAGCUUCCAAACUGCUUCAUAAUCCAUAAUGCUAAUGCUUGGGAGGAGGAGGAGGAAGUUAUUUUGAUUACUUGUCGCAUAGAGAAUCCUAAUUUAGAUAUGCUCAACGGGCCUGUCAAGGGAAAAAAUGAAAAAGUCACAAUUGAACUGUAUGAAAUGAGAUUCAAUAUGAAGACUGGUGCAGCUUCACAGAAGAAACUCUCAGCACCUUGUGUUGAUUUUCCUAGGAUAAACGAGAGAUAUUGUGGCAGGAAACAGAGAUAUGUCUAUGGAGCCAUUUUGGACAAUAUCAUAAAGAUCACAGGGAUCAUCAAAUUUGAUCUGCAAGCUGAACCAGAGGCAGGAAAAGAGAAACUUGAAGUUGGAGGAAAUAUUGAAGGAAUCUUUGACCUGGGUCCUGGUAGAUUUGGUUCGGAGGCUGUGUUUGUCCCUCGAGAGCUUGGCAUCAGUUCUGAAGAAGAUGAUGGCUACUUGAUUUUCUUUGUACAUGAUGAGAAUACAGAAAAAUCAGCAGUGUAUGUAAUUGAUGCCAAAACAAUGUCGAAAGAUCCUGUUGCGGUUGUGGAAUUGCCUCAGAGAGUUCCAUACGGGUUUCAUGGUAUCUUUGUAACAGAGGAACAACUUGAGGAGCUUGCCCAAUUGCCAUCGUAGUAAAGGAACAAUUGCCAAUGACGUACAUGGACGACUAGUAUGACGAAAAAAACCCAGCAUCAAAGAGUCGGCCAUAAGGUAACACUGAAGGGUGUUGUAGAAUUUUACAAUUCUGUAAUAUUGGAUUCGAGAUCCAAAAACGAAUGCAGACAUUUUUGGUUUAUUUGCCUUGUAAAUUUAUUCAUUUGCGAAUAUCAAUUAUCGGUAAACUGUUAACAUGAUUGACUGAGUGCAGUCAAGCUUUUUAAGGUCAAAUUUUUCGAGUGUGCGUUAACUACUAUGUACACAUUCGAUGUCAAAAGAAGCAGUCAUGGUUGUCUUA